UUUCACCCACCAGUUGAUUCUCGACUCAUGAGCACUUACGAUCCUCAAGUGCGCCCUGUGAAGAAUAUCUCGACGAUCGUCCAUGUCGACUUCAUCUUGUUCUUCAAUCAAGUUCUCGACAUGGAUGAGCGAGUGCAGAUGUUGACCAGUGCUACCUGGCUGACCAUCAUGUGGCACGAUGAAUACUUAAUGUGGGAUCCUGCUGACUAUGGCGGCGUUAAGAAGAUAAAAGUCCAGAGUAAUAGCAUUUGGUUGCCGGAUCUUUUCUACUAUAACAGUGCCCUGGUACAGCAUCAACCAUUCUUGAAGGGGACCAUCAUAAAAGCCAAGUACAAUGGCGAGAUCAUGUGGGCUGCUCCCGUCAACUUCAAGGGUCAUUGCAAGAUCAACGUGAGGUACUUCCCUUUUGAUAAGCAGAGCUGCGAAAUGAAGUUUGGACCAUGGCAACAUGACGGCACUGAGUUGGUCAUAACAGGGCAAGGUGAUACGUCAGUAUUCAUCAGCAAUGGCGAGUGGGACAUGAAAGGAUUGACCUGGGUCAACAACGUGGAAUAUUACCCGGAUGACCCUGGGGUGCCGUACACCGAUGUCACUUUCACCGUCUACUUCCAGCGCCGAUCUCAGUUCUAUGUCUUCAACCUCCUCGUCCCUGCCAGCAUCAUAACGUUGAUGGCGUCCAUGGCGUUUCUUCUGCCGCCAACAUCGCAGGGCAAGGUUACGCUUGGCGUCACCUUUCUGCUUUCCAAGACAGUUUUCCUGAUGAUUGUUGCCGAAUCAAUGCCUCCAACCAACGAAGUUCCUAUAUUAGGAGAAUACUUCGCUGUGCUCAUGAUACUCGUUAGCUUGUCUCUUGUUCUCAACGUCAUCGUCGUGUCCGUCUACAACUGCGGUAAUUGCGGCGACCCUCUACCUCAUUGGGUGCGGGUGGUCGCCCUGCACGUCCUCGCCCCCAUCGUCCGGGUGAAGGUGGAAUCAAAGCGGUUUCCACCUUCCCGUGCUGCAAGACACGCCAGUGGGCGACCGAGUGCAGGCCAUAGAGUGACGGCCAAGUUACGCGAGAAGGCGUACGAGAAAGUGCCGCUCAAAGAAAAGUCACUGAACAACCACUCUCAACAGUACACGGUAGGUGAUCCAUACUCCAUGCACAACGGCGGAGGCAUGGAGAAGGAGAACUCGCACGGUGGAAUGUACGCGGGCCACUUCCAAAAGAUUGCGGGUGAACUUCGACGGAUGAAUGACAUUCUCAUCACCAUCACCACAGAAGCCCUGAGCGUGGACAAGAAAACGUCGACCAAGGAGAAAGCCAUCCAAAAGGAAUGGUUGCAGAUAGCCAAGGUGCUGGACCGAGUGUUUCUAACGCUCUAUCUUCUUGGGAAUGCCAUGACAGUUACCUACCUGCUUGUUACUAUUCAUCAAACAUCGUCCAUCCUUGAAGAUAUCCAACACGCGCAGGAUAAUAACCUUGAAGCGCAUUACAACAGUGCUUAAACAAUUGAGCAAACCUACUCUAAUCGAGUGAGUUUCCUUUUAAACUACAAUGAUGAACAGUCGGUCCAUGCACAGCCCGUGUGCAAAUGAAAUAUUACGUUGAUUAUUUUGGUCAAUACAGCUCUCGCAUGCGCUUUGUAUUGAGCCGAAAUAAACAUCUUUAUGAAACGAUAAGACCUUUAUAUGAUGUUAAUCACCGUUUAUAUGGAUUUUCCAUCCUUAUCAAAAUUAUAUUCGAAACUGUGUAGCUGUGGCUGCGUGGUUGACGGUUAUAGCACAUUUACAUAUAAAGCAAUUAUACAACCACACAUUUCUUACGGAAUAGAGGUGUGGGGAAGCACUUAUUAGACUAGCCUAAGAAGUUUAUUAUAUUCACAGAAAAUGGCAGUUCGUGCCAUAACAUUUAGUGAAUGGAGAACUCCUUCAGAUCCAUUAUUUAAAAGAUUGCGAAUCCUAAAUGUGUAUAAGUUACAUGAUUUAUCAACUUCUACUUUCAUGUUUGAUCUAGUCAAUGGCAUUAUGCCUCAUAUUUUGAUAGAGUACUGUGACAUUAUAGAACAUAGCUAUUCCACAAGACAAAAAGAAGGUGGACAAUUACGUCUUCCAAAAUUAAGAACGACACAAGGUCAAUUUUCAUUGUCUUUUGUGGGCAGUGAAUUUUGGAAUAGAUUACCUGUUGAUGUCAGAUUGACAAGGUCU